AUGAGCAAAAAAUCGUCACACCCACCACCUUCAACGUCCGGAAACGUGAAAAAGAGCAACUUUUUGUCUCGAAUCACCAAAAAACUUCGUAUGCAUACUGGUUGUUGUACGACGAAAUUCGACACUGAAGUCCUCAUCAUUGGAAAUGGCCCCGCCGGUAUCGCCCUCUCCUCAUUCCUCUCCGGAAUGCAUCCGUUCUACGACGCCACACAUCCACACGAGAACGUGACGGUUCAUGAGAAGCUGCUGGCGAAUCACGAUUUUUCACUGAUUGAUCAGGACCUCUCCUGGUCAUCAAACCUCACAGAGCUCUCCCAAUCCGGCCGACCACUCUCAGUUCUCUACGACAUGCUCGUUCGCCCCGGCGCCGACAUGGGCUCCGAUGCUCCAGGAUGCAUCCAAUGGGAGCUCAACCGUCGCCGCGAGAUUCCGCACAUGGUGAUCGGCGAGACAAAGAUUGGCGGGAGCUGGAACGAGUAUGAUGCCGAAAUGCUCACCGUAUCAUUCAGCGAUUGGAUGGAUAUGCCGGGAUUCACGAUGGAGCAGUGGCUCGGAGGACGUCCACUUGUGAAGCGGCUUCCGUCGGUGGCUAUAGCCACUUAUUUGAAGAAAUAUGUGGAACGAUUGAGGUUGCGGAAGAAGUUUCAUCAGUAUUUUGUGGUGAACUCGAUCAAGAAGAUCGGCGACGUUUGGGUCACAUCGGGGAAACGAAGUACGGAUGGAAGAAGUUUUGUGAUCAGAUCGAAGCAAGUCGUUGUGGCGUGCGGAAAGACAAGCCCUCGGAAGUUACAGCUACCCAACGAGGAGCACUGUUCGUCGAACAUUGUCUACGAUGUCCGCGCGCUCAAGGAACGGCUCGACGCUACCAAAAAGACUGUUAUCGACGAGGAUGAGAAUUAUGAUACACCAAGCACCUCCACCUGCUCACCGGUGAUUGUCGUUGGGGACGGAGUGUCGUCUGUUGAUUGCGUACGACACUGUCUCGAGAGAGAUAUACCAGUGGUUCAUGUGAUUCGGAGGACUUUGAGGGAGCUUAGAAAUGUAAUGCUAUCCCGCCUCUCACCAAUCCACUACUCGGAAUACACCGACAUCUAUCGAAUGAUGAUCGGCCGCUCCGUUCACAAGAACUACCAACGUGUGCUCGACGCAAGCAUCACGUCCGUCUCGAAGAUCCACGUGGAAAUCACGACAGGCAGCAACCGGGAGAUCAUCGAAAUGCCCUACUCAACAGUAGCCGUGUGCAUCGGUCGGGAAUCUCAUUUCUCCACGGUCUUCGAGAACGCACACACAUUCCUCGACUACCAGAGCGAACAGGAUGAGACGCUGUUCGCCGUUGGAGCAUACGCUGGAGACCAUUUUGUACGGUUCCUGGUUGGAGGAUGUCUUCGGGUCGCCCAACAUAUCACUGGAGCUGCAAAUAAUAAUAAUGUCACUGCGAAACUAUUGCCCAUUUGUUGAGCUUUGCUUUUUUUAAACGUCCCCCAAUUCACUUAGCAGGUAUAUAUUGUUACAGUCUAUUAUUUGAUGAGUAUUAUUGAUGUGUAUUUUUUGAGCUUUUUUUGAUUGAGCACUGAGAAUUUGAUUUAUGAAUUUAUGUCUAUAUUUAAAACGAAUACACAAACUUUCUAUUUAUAAAAUGGUUGUUUAAA